AUGGGUCCCGACCAGAAGGCGCUCCUGGUCGAGCUCGACAAGCGCUUCGCCGCCCAGGAGAAGCGAUUCGAUGGUCUGGAGCAGAAACUCGAUUCAACCGCGGCAUCGUUUUCCACCCGUCUGGACACCUUGGAGUCUGCAGCCAAGGUGUUCGACGAAUGGCGCCCUGGAGUCGACGGUGUCAUCGAUGAUCUUCGCAUCGAGGUCAACAAGCUCGCAACCCUAAAGCUCGAAUUUGGGAAGAUCUCUAAGUACAUGGAACGCUCAAGUGUUCGCGACCGCGCCCGCCACCAAGUCGGCGUCGGCUCCUGCGUCACCAAACGUGCGUCGAUCCACGACGCCAAGCCCGUCCUCAGCCCCAACUUCAAGUCGCCCGGCUACGGCGACUUCCAGGCUGCCCCGUGCCCCACCCACGGGAUACGCAGCCACUCGGCCCAAUGGGCACUGUGUCAAAAUCGGGAACCGGGAAGGGAUGAGCACGAGCUGCUGCUUCGUCGCUUGUUUCAAAUUCGGCAAACCGGCCCUAUAAAUGAAUAUAUUGAUCAAUUUGUGACUCUAGUUGAUGACCUCAAAGCUUACGCCAAACAUCCAGACCCACUCUAUUACACUCAGCGUUUCAUUGACGGCUUGUGUGAUGAUAUCAAAGUAGUUAUCCUUGUUCAGCGUCCUUCGACAUUGGAUACUGCUUGUGUUCUUGCCCAAUUGCAGGAAGAGGCCUUGGAAGGCGAUGAUGAAGACGGCUCCGGCCCCAGUUCUCCGACUGCCUCACAGAUUAUGAUGCAUUUAUCUGUGGCUGCGACAAUGGGCAAAGCUUCCCCUAAGACCUUCUGUUUAUCUAGUGACAUUCAGGGCCGUGCAUUAUCUAUUUUGGUGGAUUCAGGUUCCUCUCACACAUUUCUCAGUACAUCUGUUGCUGCUUCUCUGACCGAUGUUCAGCAAUUGGUUCCACCUGUGACAGUACAGGUUGCUAAUGGUGCAGUGUUGCUGUGUCAUUCCCACAUUCCUAAUGGUAAUUGGUCUGUGCAAGGCUGCUCGUUCUCUGCAGAUCUGAAGAUUUUGCCGUUAUCAUCAUAUGACAUGAUCUUGGGCAUUGAUUGGCUAUCCAGCUUCAGUCUGAUGCAAGUACACUGGGCUCAACGUUGGUUGUCUAUUCCAUAUCAGGGUACCACUGCUGUCCUUUUGGGUGAUGCUCCUGACUUGCCUGUGGAGUCUGUAAUUUAG